AUGUCUUCUUCUGCAUGGACUACAAAUUUAAGCACAGGAUCCGAGCCCAAUGUAUCAUAUGCAGAACGUCUGCGCCAAGCUCGUUCUCAGUCCGCGGGGUCUAAGACGCGCUCAAGUACGUCGGCGCAGCCUCAGACGACCAAGAGGGCUGAUCCGAAGCUCGCAUCCUCUUCGCCGCCGCAGUCUUCGACUGGCAUGUCAUCGAAAAAUAACAUCCGUUCAAUUAAGUCACCAAAUUCAAAAGGCACGCAUGUCUCAAAUACCGCGAAGACCUCGGACACGUACUCUGCUCACACCGAGGAACCACCUGAGUCAUCAAGUCAAAAUGUAUGGGAACUCCGCAUGCGCCGACGAAGCAAUCGAGAUACCAACAGGGCAUCAGAUUUGUUUGAAACAUCACAUCAAAAUAGCUUCAAAACUGGCAAGACUCAAACUUCUAUUCAUCAAUCCGCGUCAACCAAACCAGCGGUAACUACAACGCCGCCUACCACCUCGACAGCGACAGCAGGGAGCAAAGCAUCUUCGGCAUCGGUUACAUCAUCAGGCAAUUCUUCACGACAUUUACUUGACAUAACAGAACAGCGGCCCACGGAGCCAGAUCGAUCUCUGGAAGGUGCAGAUGACGACGCUUGGAUCCAGCGCAUCUUUAUGCUGAAUGGGGGUAAAACUUCGCCUCGAUUCGUGAAGAAUCAAACUGGAGUACCAACGCAUGUACCGAGUCCUCCAACUUCACAAACAACCAGUGAUACCCAAGCCAACUUCCCAGGUACGCCGUCGGCAUCAUCAUCAGCACCUAAUCGUGAAUCGCCCAUAUGUACAGGUUGGCCACAGCUGGUGCAAACACCCAAGACAUGGCAGCCCUGGGUGUAUCAGGCAAACACCAUGCCCAUGUAUGUGAUGACCCCCUAUGGAUUUUAUCCCUCGCAUACCAUGGCUCCCGUGACCAACACGGAUGGAUCUUUUUCGCCACGCCGUUCAUCCGACUCUUACGUGCAACAAAAUGCACGACAAGCCAGUCACAUGCCAAUGGGAUACGCGCCAUACGUUUCCACGCACGACAUGUCUGAUGGUGCGUUGUGGUCUCGUCGUGGCCGCGCUGGUCGUGGUCGUGGCGGGGGUUCUUCUCGUGCCAUUCCACCGACGGCUCCUGUUCAAAAUGGCAACCAUUUUUCCUAUGCAGCAGUAAAAUCAAAUCGGCCCUCUUCAUUACCGGGGGAUGCAACCUCGCCAACCUCUCCGGUCCUGACAUCUGUAAGACAAAAUAAUGGGACUGAAGAAAGUGAAGACGAAUCGAUCCGCUCAGAACCUGACGCUAGCGCACGGAUCUCUACUGCUCCAGCGACUGCUUCUUCUACUACCUCGACACCUACGCCUUCAUCCGCAUUGCGAAUGCCUGCUGCCGCCAUGCCAUUUAUGAUUUCCCCUAUGCAUCAACGUGGCUCACAAUUGAUGCCUUACUCAAUGCCGAUGUUUUCGUAUAUGCUAAUGGAUCCUGCUGCACAGACAAACAUGUCUAUGCACGCAGCGUCGGGACAAAUGAACAGCAAUAUCGGGGGUGGCCCAUUGACACUUGAUUCUGUGGCGUUACUUCAGCAUUUGCGUUCUCAAGUGGAAUUCUACUUUUCUGAAGCCAACUUGGUAUCAGAUUUCUUCUUGCGGCAGCAAAUGGAUAAAAAAGGCUUUGUGGCAUUAGAAACGUUGCUCAGUUUCAAGCGACUGCGUGCCUUGCUUCAAAACGCUUCUAAAGCCACUCAAGGAGAUAAUUUGUUGACGGACGAACGACAAAAAAGCUUACUUUGCUCUGCUCUAGUAUGGAGUCAAGCUCUGGAGCUAAACGAAACUUGCACAAAGGUUCGCCGCCGGAAUGGCUGGAAGUCUUUUGUUUUGUCCGCAGAGCCUUUACACAAAACAACCAACGGCUAG